AUGGCAUUAGUUGUAAUUUGUGGUCAACCAUGCAGUGGAAAGUCAAAAGCCGCGCUUUCCCUAUCUGAAGCUCUAAACAACACAGAAUCCAAACCAACACUCAAAAUCAUCAACGAAACUUCCUUCCAUCUCAAUCGCAACCAAACAUAUGCAGAAAUGAGUUCAGAAAAAAACUUAAGAGGAGUCCUUAGAUCCGAAGUAGACAGAUCUUUAUCCAAAAACAAUAUCAUAAUAGUAGAUUCCCUAAAUAGCAUAAAAGGUUACCGAUAUGAGCUAUGGUGUUUAGCACGUGCUGCAGGAAUCAGACAUUGUGUGCUUUUCUGUGAUGUGGAAGAAAGUCAAUGUAGAAUCUGGAAUCAAGAACGAAGGAAGAACAAUGAACCUUCAUAUGAUGAUCAUAUAUUUGAAGAUUUAGUAAGAAGAUUUGAAACACCCGAUAGUAGAAACCGAUGGGACUCACCUUUAUUCGAAUUAUACCCAUUUAAAGAUGAAAUAAAUAAAAGUUCCCUAGUGAUUUUAGAUCUUGUGGAUUAUAUAACGAAAAGGGUUGACUCAAAGACUAAAGAUGUAAAGAUUUUGCAGCCCACAAUAGCGACACAAAGUGUGAGAUUUUCAGAGGCGAAUUCUUUAUAUGAAAUGGAUAGGGCUACACAGGAGGUGAUUGGUGCAAUUGUGGCGGCUCAGUCGUUGGCCAUGGGUGCACCGGUGGUGGGUGGGGUCGGUGUUGGACCGGACUUGCCAGUUGUUAAUGUUUCACGGGCGGUUGGGUUGCCGGAGUUGAGGCGGUUAAGGAAGACUUUUAUAAAGUUGACUGGUCAGUCGAGUUUAAGUGGGCCACCACCGCCUUCGGAUGCUGAUAGUGCCAAGAGAAUGUUUAUUGAUUACUUGAAUAGAGAAUUUGGAAAUGGAUGA